AUGGAGAGGGUGCAAACUACUCAAGAGGACCUGCCGGAUUUCAGACUCCUUCAUAUGACCCAAGUCGCAGAGCUCGAGGUCAUGUCCCGCCGUGGUAUCCAAAUCGACCUCCCAAUCAUAGAAUAUAAGGAUAAAGCCCACACGCCCUUGUUUGUUAUCCACAGCGGCGGAACGACCGGCCUGCCGAAGCCUGUUGCUCGCCAUGUGUACCAGGAUCUCAUCAUUUUGGGACGACACAUCGCAAAUGCAGAGACGGACAUGUUGAUAACACUUCCCGCUUUCCACAGUUUUGGUUUCGCCCAUUGUAUCGCCAUACUUUGGGGGAAGUUCCGGCUGAGUGUCCUGAACGCAUCACGUCCUGUGACUGCACCUGUCAUCCUCAAAGCGCUAGACAUCACAAACAGCAAGGCUCUGGCGACGGUACCGCACUUGCUCAAGUUCGUCAAUGAGACCCCUGGCGGCGCGGAAAGGCUUGCUCAGCUCAAGAGCGUCGCAGUAACGGGUGCGGCCACGCCAGAGGUGCUUGGAAACGAACUUGUUGAGAAGGGCGUGGCCAUCCUCUCACCGUACGGGCAAUCGGAAAGCGGUCCUUUGAUGUAUAAUUGUACGGGAAGAGACUGGAUCUGGCUGAUGGCUUACCCUUGGGUAGAGCCUUAUGUCACUUUUGAGCCAUACGGCGACGAGGAGCAAGGUGUUUGGCACUUGAUUGUGCUCCCUGGUUUGUCCACUUUGGCCACGUCCAACAGACCCGAUGGGUCUUAUGCAACCCAGGACCUCUUUGUGCGCCACCCCACAGACCCCAAGAAGUGGAAAUUCUCCCACAGGGCCGACGACAUAAUCGUUUUGGUGAAUGGCCUGAAGGCAGACCCACAUCUGUUGGAGCAAGCCGUGGAAAAGAACCCGGACGUGGACGCUGCGAUGGCGUUUGGUACUGGGCGGGACUCCCUCGGUCUCAUCGUGGUGCCAUUAGCCAGUGCAUCAGGGCUGUCCACAGAGGAGCUGGCGGCUCGCAUUGCCCCUGAUCUGGAGCUGGGGAACUCCAGAGUCUCAGCCUAUACACGAGUCUCUCUUGAUUCCGUCAUCUUCAGACAGGCUGGCAGCCAAGUCCCAAGAACGGCCAAGGAGACGCUUAUUCGUUCCAAGUUCCUCGAACUAUGCAAGGACGACAUUGAAGCGCACUAUGCCGCAAGAGAAGCCCAAGACCAGGCACAUAUCUCCGUCGCAGACGAUGAGGUCGAGGGCAUUGUGCGCGAAGUUGUUAGCUCGGUUCUUUCAGCUGGAGACGCCAAAGUGAGCGCUGAGGAUGACUUCUUUAUGUUGGGCAUGGACUCAUUACAGGCAUCAUAUGUCCGCUCGAGGCUUCUCCGGCGCGUCAAUGUCGGCGGACAUCCCCUGCCCACCAAUGUCGUCUUUGAGCAUCCCACCGUGAGGCAGCUCACUGAAUUCGUUCUGGCCCUGAGAAACUCGCAAGACCCUAAUGGCACGAGAAUAUCUGAAAGAGCCAUCGCAGAAGGACUGAUACAGAAGUACACUCGGUUCCCCCCUACCGAAACCCGGACAGUGGAGACUGGCCCUGGGCGUGUUGUGUUACUCACUGGGGCAACCGGAUUCAUUGGCCGCCAUAUACUCCAUAGGCUUAUUUCGUGGCCCAAUGUGGAUCGAGUCUACUGCCUUGUCCGAGCGGACUCAGAUGAAGCGGCAGAGCUACGCAUUACUGAGUCACUUCGCGAGGCCCGUCUAGAAGUGGCAGAUUGCGAGGCCAGACUCAGAGUUAUCGCCCUGGCAUCUGAUGCUGGACAUGAUCAUCUCGGUCUCGGCGAGAAACAGUAUGAAUCUUUGCGUACUACGGUCACGAACAUCAUUCAUGCCGCCUGGGCUGUCAACUUCAACAUGUCUUUGUCAUCGUUCGAGUCAUCCAUUGCCUCCGUCUCUCGACUCCUGGAGCUUUCAAUAUCUUCUCCGUUACACUCAAGGCCGACUUUCUCAUUCCUCUCCAGCAUCGCCACUAUAAUGCGAGCAAGAGAACAAGGCGUCGUCAAGGAAACGAGGUAUGGAUGGGAGGCCAUAACUCCUAUGGGCUAUGGACAGUCGAAGUGGGUAGCGGAGGAGAUCUGCUCCGCAGCCGCCAAAUAUGCUGCGCAGAAGGGUAUAAAUCUUCCAAUCCAAGUGCUCCGAGUCGGGCAGGUUGUUGGAGACACGAAGCACGGAAUAUGGAACUCCAAGGAAGCAGUUCCAUUGACCGUGCAGAGCGCCCUCAGCGUCGGCGCGCUUCCUCUUGUAGAGGGUGACGACGUAACGUCUUGGCUGCCAGUCGACAUAGCUGGGACUGCCGUGGUCGAGCUUGCCUUGCGCGAUCGAUCCCACGACGACGCUAGAGAAGCACGAGUAUUUCAUGUCUCGAGCACAGAACCACUGAAAUGGAACACAGAGUUCCUGCCUGCUUUGAAGAGAAACGGUCUCUCUUUUGAAGCUGUUCCCGGGCCGGAAUGGGUGCGCCUGCUGGAGAGCGCAGUCCCUAACCAUCGAUUGCUUCAACACUUCAAGACAAGGUACGGCGCGGUUGGCGGUGACAGCGAAUUCCCUCAACGUGUACUCGGCGCAUUUGAUAUGUCCGAAGCACAGAAAUUUUCGAGCGCAUUGAGGAAGGUUCCCGAGAUAGACGAAAAACAGGUUGGUCGACUUUUACAAUACUGGAUGGGACUGGAGGAAUGGAAGUCCAUCCAGAAGGAAAAGAGCUUGAACGGCCGGGGAGAUAGCGGUAUUGGCAGAGGCAAGAUUUGA